AUGCAGGAAUAUGAAGUGGGAAUUCAUAUUGCUGAUGUGGGCCACUUCAUAGCUCAGGGGAAGGCCAUGGACGCGGAGGCGAAGCAAAGAUGCGCCACGCUUUUGCAUCCUGGAGGCCCCAAGUUGACGUUUUCUUAUGACGAGGUGCAAGAGAUAAUAGACGGCAGGGACAUUCCUGAAGAGCAGCGGCCGAACUUCGCAGCAGAAGUGCAAGAGAUAAUAGACGGCAGGGACAUUCCUGAAGAGCAGCGGCCGAACUUCGCAGCAGAAGUGAAGGGCUCAGCAACAUAUGGAAAUGGUUUGCUGCGCUGCAGCUGCUGCACUGGGAAGAGCAACCUCAGCAGGCAGCAGCAGCAGCAGCAGCAGCAAAUGGAAGGGGACUGGAGAGAACACGAAGCAGCAGACCCGUGGGGAGACAAAGUAGAAGACGCAGCAGCAGCAGCAGCAGCAGCAGCAGCAGACGCUCCGGCAGCGACAGAGAGCAGCGCGAACCCCCAGCAGGAGCAGCAGCAGCAGCAGCAGCAGCAGCAGCAGCAGGACAUGCCUCCCUUCACAGUUCACAGCGCUUCUCUUCGCUUUUGCUUCGACGAACUGCAAAGACCCACAGGCUGGCAAAUUGAUGAGACUCGUUGCCACUUACCUCCGCAGCAGCAGAUUUCAAGGCAAGUAAAUACAGGCAGCAGCAGCAGCAGCAACAGCAGCAGCAGCAGCAGCAGCAACAGCAGCAGCAGCAGUACCCGCAGCAGCAGCAGCAGCAGCAGUAGCAGCAGCAGCAGCAACAGUAGCAGCAGCAACAGCAGUACCAGCCGAUAUGGAGCGCUUCAGACAGAUUCGGCGGUUAUGCGUUACCACGCUCCUUUUAAGCAGGAGCCCCGCUUCAACGUGUUUCUGAGCACUUUGAAAAGUUUGGUGAAAGUGCCUCUGAGGUUUUCUUCUGCUGCUGCUGCUGCAGAGACGCUGCAGCAAAUUCGGGCGGAGUGUGGGGAAGCAGCUGCUGCUGCUGUGGAGGUGCAGCUGCGGACUUUUCUGUCUUUGGCCAAAUACAAAACUGCAAAAAGUUUGAAAGAAUUAAAUGUUUUGAAGUGCCACUUCGCCCUCAACUUCGACAACUACACCCACUUCACUUCGCCCAUCAGGCGGUAUCCGGACGUGCUGGUCCACAGGAGCCUCGCGGCGCUGAUUGAGGGAAAGCAAAAGCCGCCUUUGGAUGUU